GUGUCAUCAUCAUUUUACAAAUGUCAUCUUUGCUUUGGUUUACUGUGAAUGAUUUGAUUUGUUUAAUUUUUGUGUCUUCGUUUUCGUGCAGUUUAAUCUGAAUUUGCUAUUAAAUUUUAGUCUUAUUGUAGUCAACGGGUCAUAAAUAACUUGUGUGAAAAUGUUUGGAUUCAAUGUUUUUCAAGAAAUAAGAAAUUUUAAUGUGACCUACAGAUGUUUCUCCGUGUCUAUGUUACCUGGUAAUGAGAGGCAAGAUGUAGAAAGAGGAGGCAAAAUAAUAAUGCCCCCAUCAGCUUUGGAGCAAUUAACCAGAUUGAACAUAGAAUACCCCAUGAUAUUUAAGCUGACCAAUAAGAAGACUAAGAGAGUCACGCACUGUGGAGUGCUAGAGUUUGUUGCUGAUGAAGGAAAAGUCUAUUUACCACACUGGAUGAUGGCGAACUUAUUGCUGGAGGAGGGUGCUUUACUACAGAUAGAGAAUGUGUCACUGCCUGUAGCAACAUUCUCAAGAUUCCAGCCUCUUUCUGAAGACUUUUUAGACAUAACAAAUCCUAAAGCAGUCUUAGAAAACUGCCUGAGGAAUUUCUCAUGUCUAACUUCAGGAGAUGUGAUAGCUAUCAAAUACAAUUCAAAGGUUUACGAGCUGUGUGUUUUAGAAACCAAACCGGGCAAUGCUGUUAUUAUUAUUGAGUGUGAUAUGAAUGUAGAGUUCGCGCCUCCAGUAGGCUACAAAGAGGAGCGUCACGUCUCAAAGGGUGAGAGUGGCGCGGACGGCAUGGACGAAGACCCCGCUGGUAUGAUGCCGGAGCCGAGCGGCUUCGUGGCCUUCAGCGGGGAGGGAAACAGGCUGGAUGGGAAGAAAAAGAAGCUUACCAGCGAGAGCGAAUCGGAACCUUCGAAUUCUAGACAGGCAUAUGUGAGAGGUAUACCAGACUACGACUUCGUUAUUGGCACCCUGAGGUUCAUCAGAAACUCGCGGCCAACUACUGCGACGCAAGAGGAAACGCCAGUGGAGCCAUUCGAAGCCUUCAAGGGUGAAGGGUUCACAUUACGGACUGCUAAAACCAAGAGCGACUAACGAAAAAGUUACUGAUUUAAGAUGUUAAAUACCCUAGCCAGCGCCUAAAACCUGUCACGAAAAAAUAGUACUUAAAACGCCGUAUAAGCACUUUUGCUCGGAGCCGCGCGAUGAACGAAUAUUCAAUAUUACAAAGAAUAUGGUCUGUGAAAAAAUGCUUUCACGACUUUAAAGGUACACGGCUAUUGGCCCGCGCUAGACGCACCGCACGCAUAUAUUUAAUUUCUUUAAUUUGCUUUGUAUGACUGAUUUCACAUAGUGCUGCGUAAAUGCCAGCGUUAACAUACAAAGCAAAGAUCUCCUUUGCAUGCCGUGCUUGCGGUGCGUCCAGUGCGGGCCAAUGCAUGCGUACCUUAACAAGGAUAGGAUGUAUUAUUUCUUCAAAAGUAAAAAAACGUACUAAAACAAAGAUAAAUGAAAAUAACAAUUGAUUGUAGUUGUAUCUUUGCCCUAUAAAUUAUUAUAUGAGCUAGCUGCAUCCACUCCUGUGCUUGUUUUUAACCGAUUGAGUCCCAGACGGCAUUAAUUAAUGUCAUAACAAUUGAUUAUCUAUUGUGUCUAGAUUCGCGGAGCUUGAAGGAUUAAUCCUCGACUAAAGCUAGUUGCCUGUUUGCAUUUUAAAAAGUAGGUAAACUCAGUCAUAUCAUAUGCAUUUGAAAUAAAACUGUAUGCCUGUGCUUUAAGGUCUACUUCUGAAUACUAAGACUUAUGUAUGUAUUAAAUAUUUUCACCAUAUUACGCAUAUGGGCGUGUACUUGGUUGCUACUUUUGGGACACCUUUUAGCCGAGAUUUCGUGUGCAUAGGGUAUUUAAUAUCGUUGGUAUACUAAUAGAUAAGAUUUUUACUUUAUCUGAAAUAAAAGUAUAGUAAUGUUAAGAAAA